GCUCAACAAAUGAUGCAUCAAUGGGAAGUUCAAGCUGAUAUAAGUCAAGGACUUGAACAAUUUUAUGGUACUUCAAUGGCAAAUCAACGAUUCUGGCCUGUCACAUCUGGAGGAUUGUAUCCGAAUUUGGUAUCAUAUUUAGAUUUGGUUAUGUCAAAGUGUCGGAAUGGAUCUUCAACAAAUCUGGAUCAAGGAUUAAUUAACACAUUGAAGAGUUUAAACAGUUUUAAAGGAAGAAUUUGUGCUCAAAGGCAACAAGUUGAAACGAAUAGAUCUGUUAAUUUACAACAGAUCCUUACAAUGGCUAAUCAAGAACGAAUUCAAGAAGCAAUUUCAUCUCAAGAGAGUUGUACUAUUUGCGCAGAAAUAAUACUUGCAUUUAGUCAAAAUAAGGAUCUUGUAAUAAUGAACAAUUGUCCUCAUAUAUUUCAUAAAUCAUGUAUUGAGACAUGGCUUAGUAUGCCUUCUUCACAAAUGGUUUGUCCAAAUUGUAAAACUCCAUGUCACGAUCCUAUGGCACCUCCACCUAUUGGACCUAUGCCUGAUGGAGACAUGGCAUAUAUCUUUAGUGAAAAAUUAGGUGCUUGGUUUAUAUGUUAUUGGAUUCCCAAUGGUACCCAAUUACCAUGUCAUCUAUCUCCGGGACAACCUUUUAAAGGAACUACUAGAACAGCUGUAUGCCCAAUUUAUUUUAAAUGGGGUCCACUUUUAUUUAUUCGUCUUAUUUCAGCAUUUUAUUAUCAUCACACAUUUACAGUUGGUACAUCACUUACAACAAAUAUGUCAGAUACCACCACUUGGAAUGGUAUUCAUCAUAAGACUUCGCUUGAUGGAGGUUUCGGUUUCCCUGAUAAAACUUACGAAGAACGUGUUUCUUUAGAGUUAGAUGCAAAAGGGGUACUAUUAUUUCUUAGGGAUUUGGUUUCUGAUUAA